CGGUUGUCAAUUGUCAUUUCUGACCGACUGAAAUGUCAGAUCAAUUAUUAUAAUAUUGUACGGUUCUCUUGAUAUUGCUUUGCUUUUUUCUGCUCUUAAAUAUUGACAGGAAAAGUAUUAUAUUAAUACUCAUCACGUAUUAAGUUCAUUAUAAAUAAUAUUCCAAAAUGUCUUCGUACAAGCCCAUCGAUUCCAAAAGAGAAGAAUUUAGGCGAUAUCUUGAGCGUGCUGGUGUCAUGGAUGCCUUAACGAAGGUUCUUGUUAGCUUAUACGAAGAACCUGAUAAGCCGGAAGAUGCUUUAGAGUAUGUUCGAAAACAUUUGGGAACUGAUGGUGGCGACGAUGAACUUGAGGCCGCGAGAGCGCGCAUAGCCGAGCUGGAAGCUGAGAAUGCUCUGCUCAGGGGAGAGGCGGCCCCAACGGAAGGAUAAAAUUUUGCUCAUAAUUAUUAUUAUUAUUGAUUGAUUACCUUCAUACAUAAUGACAUGUUCAAUUUAAAGAUCUCUAUGAAAAUGAUCUCAGAUUAAAAUAUUCUUGUUAAUUCUAGAGAAAUAUAACUUAGUGUUAUGAUUACUGUGAGAGUAUUAUUUUUGUUAUAAGUAUAUCUAAUUUGGCAGUGCGAGGAGCACUAUUAAAUUUUGUGUUCUAAUUGUAA